AUGAUUGGAGAUGGGUAUAAAUUGUACUAUAAUAGAAUUGUUAGUAAUAGGAACGGUUUAGGUAUCAUCCUCAGUCAAGAUUUAACCUCCUCGGUGACAAAAGUUAACAGGAUCUCUGAUAGACUAAUGAAAAUAAAAUUCGGCAUUGGUCAAUCAAUACUAGACAUUUUUUCAGUAUACACUCCUCAAACGUGUUGCAAAGAAGAGGAGAAAGAUGACUUUAGAGCUAUCCUUGAUGAAUCUGUAAUGGAAAUCCUUAAGGAUGACCUAGUCAUAAUAGGUGGAGACUUAAAUGCGCAUGUGGGAAAAGCAAGAGACAGCUACAAAAGGCAUCAUGGUGGUUUUGGAUAUGGAGAAAGAAAUGAUGAAGGAGAGCAUGUACUGAAAUUUACGAAAGCCUUCGACCUUGCCUUAACCAACACCUACGAUAAGAAAAAGGACAGCCAUUUAAUAACAUAUGAAAGUGGCACAAGGAAAACCCAGAUAGAUUACAUGCUAAUCUCUCGCAGAAGAUUAAAAGAUGUAAUAGAUUGCAAAGUCAUCCCAGGAGAAGAUAUUGCUUCGCAACACAAGUUACUAGUCAUGGAUUUACACCUCACAAAUUCCACUCGAAACUAG